AUGAAUUCCCCUCGCAUAGCGUUAUCACGAACUUGGACAGCCUUAUCCGGUCGUCGCAUUGCCACAUCAGCCCCGAAACUACUCCCUUGCGAAAGCCUUUUGCGACAGUUCUCAAAUUAUCAACCGUGGUAUGCGCCUUCAGAAAAGCUCCAAGAAACGCCAUCAUACCAACCAUACCCCCUAAAUACAAACCCGGGUAGAUCAUCGCAACCGCGCAACGAACUUAUACCAGAUACCUCCACCGCCAGUCCCAUACCAAACAUCCACGAGACACGACCACUACCUCAGCCAGAGCCAAUUACACAUCCUGAUGUUGCCUUCACAGAACAGGAGGCACAAAAGCCGAAACCAGCCCCUCCGAAGCGCAAGCUCAGACCACGCAAAGCCGCGUUAAAGCUCACUCCUUCAGCAGUAGAACAUCUCCGCGGCUUGCUAGACCAACCAGAGCCAAAGUUAAUCAAGGUGGGCGUACGCAAUAGGGGAUGCAGCGGUCUAUCAUAUCACUUAGACUACGUGGACAAGCCUGGAGCCUUUGACGAGGAAGUUGAGCAAGAUGGAGUAAAGGUCUUGAUCGAUAGCAAGGCACUAUUCAGCAUAAUAGGAAGCGAAAUGGACUGGAUUGAGGAUAAGCUGAGCCAACGGUUCAUAUUCCGGAAUCCAAACAUAAAGGAGGAAUGCGGCUGCGGAGAAUCGUUUAUGGUAUAG